AUGUUAGGCUGGGGCAAGAGGUCGACCACGCCGGGCCUGGACGUGAGCGCCAGUGGGACGUCCUCGCCUUCAAAGAAGGACGGCAGGAAUGCCAGAGAGGAGGAGGCCCAGGAAGUAUCGCUCGUGGGCAAAGUACAGAACUCGGAUUCGGCUGUUGUGGUCGUACUUGGCGGCGCGGACCUCAAGGAACCAGAGAAUACCUCGGCUGGAACGUCGUCGUACGUGUUCAAGCCUCAGCUGAACCAAUGGCUCGCUAUUCCACCGAUGCCCGAGCCGCGAAACUACCACGCCGUUGUUUACUUCGCAGGCUGCAUCUACGUUCUCGGCGGGCGUGGACCCGUGGUCACGAGCAAGGGAGGCCUAGGCCGAGCGCAGCGCUCGGUGUUCACAUUCCACGUCCGUGAGAAACGAUGGGAUCGUGCGGCCGAUAUGCUGCACGCCAGGGCCUGUCACGGAGCCACUGUUGUCUACGAGAAGAUCAUGGUCGUUGGCGGCAAGGACGACAAGGAAGAGAUCCUCAACUCGGUGGAGUUGUACAACCCUGCGUCGAACACCUGGGUUUCGUACCGCCAUCUUCCGCUGCCCCUCAUGGCCUGCGGCGUGGGCUUCCUGGGCGGCAUGGUGUACGUGGUAGGAGGUGUGACCACCAAGAAGCAGGUCUUCACCGGCAUGGCGCCCGCCGAGGUCUUGUCCACCGUGCACGCCACGGACCCCAACGAGCGCACGUGA